GACAACGUGUACAAAUUUGGUUUGACAGAUGAUAACAACAAGCUCUCUUCCUCAAAUAUGAUUGUCGAUAUGAACAACUAGAUAUUUGUUAAAUUUCAUUCCCAGGAAUAAAUGCUAAAGAUGGAAUAUUUCCGAAGUGGCCUAAAAUCCGUGUUAGGAGCUCCAGCUCCUGACCAACAAAUAACGGGAGCAGAAACUGUCGAAAGGCUUGUGAGCAGAGUUAGUACUUCUACACUUUUAGAAGAUAGGAGAGAUGCGUGUCGAGCUCUCAAAGCCAUGUCGAAGAAGUAUCGAGUGGAAGUUGGGGCUCACAGUAUGGAUGUAUUGAAACAAGUUUUAGAACUUGAUAGGGCAGACUGUGAGAUCAUAGGUUAUUCUCUAGAUACGCUUUGUAAUAUCACCUCCAGAGAACCUUUUGACGAAGAGACUGAAUCUGUAUUACCCAUAAAUGUUAAUAUCGGAGAACAAUUUACAGAAAUGUUUAUAAAAAAUACAGAAAGUGUCACUUUAGUAUUGAGUUUUUUGGAAGAAUACGAUUUUAGAGUAAGAUGGCCAGCAGUAAAACUCCUAACAUCUCUUUUGGCUAAUAAACCUAAAGAAAUACAAGAAAUAGUAUUAGUUAGUCCUAUGGGUGUGUCUAAGUUGAUGGACUUACUGAGUGAGAGUAGAGAAGUAAUAAGGAACGAUGCUCUGUUAUUAUUAAUUAAUUUAACAAAAAAUAAUGCGAAUAUCCAAAAGAUAGUUGCAUUUGAAAAUGCUUUCGAUAGAUUAUUUGAGGUUAUAACUGAGGAAGGAUUGACAGAAGGGGGCAUUGUUGUUGAAGAUUGUUUGAUCUUGAUGCUCAACUUACUGAAAAACAAUACUAGUAAUAUUAAUUUCUUCAAGGAGGGCUCAUAUAUUCAAAAAAUUGCUCCUAUGUUAAUUCUUCCUGAUAAUCUUGAAGAGAUAGGAUGGAGCCCUCAGAAAGUUUCAAACAUGCAUUGUGUUCUCCAACUUGUCCGAACACUAGUGAGUCCCAAUAAUCCCAUACAAAUUAUCACAGCUUGUCAAAAGAGUAUGAGAAAUGUGAACCUUUUAGAGGCAUUAUGUAAUAUUUUAAUGGCAAGUGGAGUACCAGCUGAUAUUCUAACGGAAACUAUCAACACUGUUGCAGAAAUUAUAAGAGGGAACCUGACAAAUCAAGAAUAUUUUGCUAAUGUUAUGGCACCUUCAAAUCCUCCACGUCCAGCUAUUGUUGUUUUACUGAUGUCGAUGGUCAAUGAAAAGCAGCCAUUUCAGCUUCGUUGUGCUGUGUUAUACUGUUUCGAAUGUUUCGUUUAUAAAAACGAAAUCGGACAAGGUCAAAUUAUUCAGACUCUACUGCCCAGUUCUCUUGCUACAUCGGAUGUUACAACCGGGCAAUUACUUUGUGGUGGAUUGUUCAGUAAUGACAGUUUGAGCAAUUGGUUUUCAGCAAUCUCCCUUUCCCAUUGUUUAAUCGACAAUCCCGCACAAAAAGAACAGCUAUUGAGAGUUAUGAUAGCUACUAAUCUAGGAGCACAAGCUAUAGGAUUGUUACAUCAAAGUAUUAUGUAUCUUCAGCAAAGUAACAAAUUACAGUCUAAAAUUGGUAUUCUGAUGCUCCUAGCUAUGUGGCUAGCACAGUGUCAACAAGCUGUACAGAUAUUUUUAAACGUAUCAGGUGCCAUGGCCUUCCUCACAGCACAAACUUCGGCAAGUGAAUAUGACAAUAACGAAGAACUUCUACAAGGGAUUUGUGCUUUUAUAAUGGGCCUAUGCGUUGUUUUCAAUGACAAUACUGUCCAAAAUUAUUCUAAGGAGAAUUUAUCGCAACUGAUAGAGAAGAGAGUUGGUAUCGAGACAUAUUGUAAGAAAUUGAGUGAAAUAUCAAGACAUGAAGUGUAUGCGAAAGCAGCUAAGCAACCUCAAAUAAUCGCCAAACAUUCCAGUGAACUUUUACUAGAGUUUGAGUUUUGUAAAUUAUUCAAAACAUACGAAGGAGUUAUCAUCAAUGCAUUGGGGGUACAAAGGGAUCUUCAAAAUGGUAUAUCUGAAUUGAGUUUGAGUGAACACGAAAAUGCUCUUUUACUGCAGUAUAAAGACUUGAUUAGGGAUCAGGACAAGAAGUUACACGACCUUCAGAAAGCUUUCAAUAGUUUGCAGAGAGAAAAAGAAAUGUUGAAGAAUGAACUUGAUGAACUUCGUCAGACUAAUUCCCAAUUGAAUGACCAGAAUACGGUUCUUAAAGUUCAAUUAUCAACUAAUUCCACAUCAAAUAAUGUAGAUCAUACAUUAAUCCCACCACCUGUAGUGUCUCAGUUCAAUACCUCAACACAAAUUGAAAGUGAAGAGCUCAAGCAAUUGAGGAUUGAAUUGAAAGGAAAAUCAGAAGAACUUGAACAUUUACGAAAGGAUCAGGAAGAUCUUUUAGAACUCUUAACUGAUCAAGAUUGUAAACUAACUGUUUUUAAAAAUAGGUUGAGGGAGCUAGGAGAAGUGUUUGAGGAUGAUGAUUCAGAUAAUGGAUCCAAUUCUGAAAAUGAAGGAUAAAAACUGUAUAUUUUAGUUUUAAGUAAAAUCGUUAUGUUUAUUUAUUGAAUUAUUCAAUGUGCAAGAUGUAAGUUUUUAUAUUAACUAUACGUUGAAAUAUAGCCUUUAAGCAUU